AUGCGAUUAACAGCCACUGGUUUGUACAAUCUUGUUGAGAUUUUCCAUCUACAAUUUACUGAUGAACUAGCCCAUCCCAAGAAAAUCGAAGCCAGAUAUGCCAAAACCUUGACGACCUUGAAUGGCUUGAUUGAUGAAAAGAAAGACAGCUCUCGUAUCUACGUCUUGCGUUAUGGAAAACGAACACGCCUUUGUCAUUUUCCUCUAUUAGUAUCCAUCUCCAUAUGCCUACUUUAUUCAAGUCAUAACUUAGGAUCUGACCUACAACACCAGCCGGUAGGUCAGGUAUAUGAGCUUUCUUUUUUCUUUGCUGGCAUUGGCUCGUGA